UUGCUUACGUGUCACUCUGCACGAGCCGGGGGGUGAGGUGGGGGGAGGUUCUCGGCACUUCCGAAACGGGGAGUAGGGUAGGAUGUUCCCCAGCCUGGAUCCUGCCUAAGAUCAGCCUCCCACUUCUUCGUUGGCUCCCAGACUUUCAAUUCGUCCCGCCCCCGGCUCUAAAUUGGCCAAUCGAAAAGACAAAUGUACCCUAUGUGGCGGUAUCAUAUGAGCAGACUCCGCCCAUCAAAGCCAGCCUGGCUUUUGCCAAGCAUCCACUUUCAGUCCCGCCCCCACCUCGUUAGGGGAAAGCAGAUAAGCUUGGAAAUGGUUGUGCAACUACAACUCCCAGCAGGCUGCACGCUAGGGUUGGCGGCUCUUUUAUAGGUUGUUCUGCCGCAAGAUUUCCUGGGAAUUGUAGUAACUUCGCUUUUAGCUUCCCGAAGGCGCUAGAAGGUGAAGGUUGGGCCCUUUAAGGAACCUAGACGCCCCAAUUCCAAGCUGGAACGUUGAGACAGUUGCUAUGGAGUGGAAAGAGGAGCCGGCUCAGUGGCUUCCAGGGAGAGCCCGAAGAUCUACUUUGGGAGGGGUGCCGCCCACAGAUUGGCGGAGCCCAGGACCGGCCCCAGGCCCGUGUAUCUCUCUCUGCAGGAGUCUGGGCGACGAGCUGGCCGCUGUGAGGCAGCAGAAGCUAGAACAGCAGCGGCGCUUGUUUGAGAAGAAGCAGCGGCGCAAGCGCCAGGAGCCACUGAUGGUCCAGGCCAAUCCCGACGCUUCCCUACGGCCUCGGCGGCCCCGACGGCGAGAGGAGCGAGGCCCCGGGGAGAGUGGCCCGGUGAACCCUUAUCUCCUGGAGAACGUGCCAGAGGCGCACCUGCGAGCUGGUACCCACAGCAUUCAGGGCAGCGUAAACUGUGGCGGAGACUGUGGGAGCGAGCGCACCUCUCGACAGGCCUUAGGAGGGGCUGACAGCUCGGACCCAGAACUAGAGGAGGUCUCUGUGGAGGACAGCCCCACCUCUCCGCCUCCCAGCAAGGAAAUGCCUGGGACCCGGCGCCGGGGAUGGCCGGCCCGCCAGAGGCCAGGUGAGAAGGGGCUUCGGGGCAGGCCUAGCCGGAAGCCGCCAGUUCGCCCUCACUCCCGCUCGGCCUCCACCUCCUCAGGGAGAGGAGAGGUUCCCCAGGAGCCCAGCCCCGCCAACACGCCGGUGCACCCGGCGGAGGAAGUGCCUGCCACGUUGCCGGAGGAGAUGGGAGCCGAGCCCGAGAGCCCCGCGGCGCCCCCGCCGGCUGAGGAGGAAGUGGGCGAGCCUCUCCCGGCAGAGGGCCAAGGAUCCCAGAGCGACCUGGGGACCAAGAAGCCAGAGGAGGAAGAGGAGGCGGCGGCGGCGGCGGCGGCGGCGGCGGACGCUGAGGAGAGCUGCGAGACGUCGGACUUGGGACUGGAACGUGGCUCGGACUUGGGACUGGAACGUGGCUCGGACUUGGGACUGGAACGUGGCUCGGACUUGGGACUGGAACGUGGCUCGGACUUGGGACUGGAACGUGGCUCGCAGCAAGGCCAAGACCACGGAGACUCCGUGUCCAGCAAGGAGGAGGAGGAAGAGGAGGCGGUGGACGGGGCCGCCACCGUGGCGCUGGAUCCUGCCCCCGGCGGCGGGGUCGGGGCCGAGGCCGGGGACAUCGGGAAGGUGCCGCACACGCUGCCGCGCGCCCCGGGCCCGCAGCCUGGCGAGGACAUGGAAGCCUACGUGCUGCGCCCAGCUCCUCGCAGCUGGACCGUGCAGUGCAGGAUCACGCGAGACAGGCGGGGCAUGGACAAGGGCAUCUUCCCCUUCUACUACCUCUACCAGGAGGAGCCCGAAGGCAAGAAGCAUUUUCUCCUCGCUGGGCGCAAGAGGAAGCGGAGCAAGACUUCCAACUACCUCAUUUCCCUGGACCCCACCGACCUGUCUCGAGAUGGGGACAACUUUGUGGGCAAAGUCAGGUCUAACGUCCUGGGCACCAAAUUCACCAUCUUCGACAACGGGGUGAACCCAGAACGGAAAACCUUCAUGCUGGAGUCCACCCGGAUCCGAGAAGAGCUGGGGGCUGUGUGCUAUGAGACCAACGUUUUGGGAUUCCGGGGGCCGCGAAAGAUGACCAUCAUUAUCCCCGGCAUCGAUCCCCAGAACCAAAGGCUCAAAGUUCAGCCCCAAAACGAGCAGGAAACCCUUCUGAGUCGCCUUCAGCGAGGGGCCAACCAAGGGCUGGUGCUCCUGCAGAACAAGGCGCCAUCUUGGAGCGACGAGAGUGGCGCCUACGUCCUCAACUUCCACGGGCGGGUCACCAGGGCCUCCGUCAAAAACUUCCAGAUUGUGCACCCCGAAGACCCUGACUACCUGGUGCUGCAGUUCGGCCGCGUGGCCCCGGACACGUUCACCAUGGAUUUUCGAUUCCCCCUUUGCCCCCUUCAGGCCUUCGCCAUCUGCCUGUCCAGCUUCGAUGGGAAGCUGGCGUGUGAGUGACGCCCCCCACCCCCCGGCCCACGCGGGGCUGGCCCCAAAUAAAGUACUACCCUCCCCCUCCCAAGGUGUUCUCCGCCUGUUCUUCCGGGUCCGGCCCUCCCAACCC